AUGCCUGUUGGGUUUCCUGUGGCUUCCUGGCCUCCACUGAGGCCAGACUUGCCAGCCCUGCUAGAGGUGGUUUUUGUGUUCUCUGUGGACAGUAGAGAGUGGCACCGGAGCGCUGGAGAGGAGGAAGAGGAAGAGUUAACACUGGGCAGUGAGGGAUCUGCCAGGGGCCUGGUUCCACCGGCCCCCUGCAGCCUCCUCUCCCAGGGAGGGCCUCAGGCCCAUCUCUUCAACCUGGUUGCUUUCCUCGCAUUCUUCCUGCAUGGGGAUAUAUUUGAUUUCCUGAAUCACUUCUUGAAAGAGACAUUCCCCUUUGGGGCAUUAGGCCCUGGUUUGGAUCCAAAUCACCCCCUGCAGAAGGCACUGGAGGACAAGAACACUUCCUCCAGCUCCAGGGCCUCUCAGGUGGACCUCCUGAGACGACCCAUAGCCCCUCCUUCCACUCGGAAGCCUGCCUCUCUGACGACAUUGGAAAAUGGGGCCAAAGCUGUCCCCUACGAGGUGACAGCAGUGGGAAAGGAGCUAGUGGCACUGGCCAGAGUCUCCCACCUCGUAGCGGGGAGAGGGGAGAAAGUGGGGGUGUUUCUGCACUCAAAGGAGAUUCUCCAGGCUCAAGUGUGCUCUGAUGUCCGAGUCCGUGGAAACCAGGACGUUGACAGCUCCAUCCCUGUCACUGUUGUGUGCAGCGUUCCCUUAGCUUCUCAGGCUCUUGCCUUUCCAUCAGCCUCAGCGUGGCAACGCCUGCUCGGUGCUUUGCUUUUCCUUUUUGGAUCCGUCACGUAUUACCCUCUACACAGAUGGUCAGAGCAGAACAUGUUUCGAGUCCAGGGACCAAAACCCAUGCCGCCCCCCAGACGCUGUAUAAUGACCUCCUCAGACCUGGGGGCUGUGAGCUACACAACGACAGGUAGUGAGUUCCAGGCUCUGUCACAAGCCCCAAGCUGGCCUUGCAAAGGCUCUGCCCUGGCAGGACAAGUCUUUCCAGGUGGGGUGGAUACCGAGACCUCCGGCCUCAACCCCUUCCCCGAGGCCUUGAUUGUUCGUUCAGGGCGCAGCAUAGACACCUCUGAUAAGAGAGGACGGGUGAGGAAACAGAGGCUGCUGGGCCCCAGACACGAGGCAGGAGGGUGCCGGGCGGGAGGGUCGUCGGAGGCCUCACGCGGUCGCUGUCCCCAGGUGUUCGUGCUCUGUCAAGGCCUGCUGCAGCUGUGCCAGCUUCUGUACAGCGCCUACUUCAAGAGCAGUCUCACCACCAUCGAGAAGCGCUUCGGGCUCUCCAGCUCCUCCUCGGGCCUCAUUUCCAGCCUGAACGAGAUCAGCAAUGCUAUCCUCAUCAUCUUUGUCAGCUACUUUGGCAGCCGGGUACAUCGUCCACGACUGAUUGGCAUCGGGGGUCUCCUCCUGGCUGCAGGCGCCUUCAUCCUUACCCUCCCUCACUUCCUCUCGGAGCCCUACCAGUACACCUUGGCCAGCGCCGGGAACAACAGCCGCUUGCAGGCCGAGCUCUGUCAGAAGCACUGGCAGGAUCUGCCCCCCAGUAAAUGCCGCAGCACCACCCAGACCCCCCGGAAGGAGACCAGCAGCAUGUGGGGCCUUAUGGUGGUUGCCCAGCUGCUGGCCGGCAUCGGGACGGUGCCCAUCCAACCGUUUGGAAUCUCCUACGUGGACGACUUCUCCGAGCCCAGCAACUCGCCCCUGUACAUCUCCAUCCUGUUUGCCAUCUCUGUCUUUGGACCGGCGUUUGGGUACCUGCUGGGCUCUGUGAUGCUGCAAAUCUUCGUGGACUAUGGCAGGGUCAACACAGCUGCAGUUAACUUGAGCCCAGGUGACCCCCGAUGGAUUGGAGCCUGGUGGCUUGGCCUGCUCAUUUCUUCAGCCUUCUUGGUUCUCACCUCGUUCCCCUUUUUUUUCUUUCCUCGAGCGAUGCCCAGAGGAGCAAAGAGUUCUCCUGCUAUAGUGGACGAAGCAAUCAAGCUGGAGGAGGUCAAGUCCAGAGGCUCCCUGGUGGAUUUCAUUAAACGGUUUCCUCGCAUCUUCCUGAGGCUUCUGAUGAGCCCGCUCUUCAUGCUGGUGGUCCUGGCCCAGUGUUCCUUCUCCUCCGUCAUUGCUGGCCUCUCCACGUUUCUCAACAAGUUCCUGGAGAAGCAGUAUGGUGCCUCCGCGGCCUACGCCAACUUCCUCAUCGGUGCUGUCAACCUCCCCGCCGCCGCCCUGGGAAUGCUGUUCGGAGGCGUUCUCAUGAAGCGCUUCAUCCUCUCCCUGCAAACCAUCCCCCGCAUGGCAGCCAUGAUCAUCACCAUCUCCAUGCUCCUCUGUGUCCCUCUCUUCUUCAUGGGCUGCUCCACCCCGACCGUGGCCGAAGUGUACCCCCCCAGCACAUCGAGUUCUGUACAUCCACCGCCUCCCGCCUGCCGCAGGGACUGCUCGUGCCCAGACACUGUCUUCCACCCGGUUUGUGGGGACGACGGGGUAGAGUAUAUCUCCCCAUGCCACGCCGGCUGCAGCGACCUCAACGAGAGCUCUUCAGCUCCCAGGCGGCUGACCUAUCUGAACUGCAGCUGCGUGACCGGGGGAGCCGCGUCAGCCAAGUCGGGCCCGUGCCCCAUCCCCUGUGCCCACUUCCUGCUGCCGGCCAUCUUCCUCAUUUCCUUUGUGUCCCUGGUAGCCUGCGUCUCCCACAACCCUCUCUACAUGAUGGUCCUGCGUGUGGUGAACCAGGAGGAGAAGUCCUUUGCCAUCGGGGUGCAGUUUUUGCUGAUGCGCUUGCUGGCCUGGCUGCCGUCUCCAGCCCUCUACGGCCUCACCAUCGACUACUCCUGCAUCCGGUGGAACUCACAGUGCUCAGGGAGGCGGGGUGCCUGCGCCUACUAUGACAAUGACGCGCUCCGAAACAGGUACCUGGGCCUGCAGAUGGGCUACAAGGCGCUGGGCACGCUGCUGCUGCUUCUCGUCAGCUGGAGGGUGAAGAGGAACAAAGAGUACAAUGUGCAGGAGAAGGCAGCAGGCCUCAUCUGACCGCGGUGGCCGCUCCGGGUGGGCCCCGGCCCUCCACGCCUGCAUAUUCCCUCAUGUUAAUGCGCCCUUUCCUUUUGUUUUUUCUAAAGAAGAAAAAAAA